CUUAUAAGCUGGGGUAGAAAGAAAUAGUGCUGUUUACCUGACUUGAACAAAGAAGAAGAUGUUUUAUCUUAGCUUCAUUAUGUUUGCAGUCAUUACUGACACUGUCAGUUCUGCUGUGAAAGUUUCUGUCUACCCUAUGGAACCCAAUGAAGGAACAUCUGUCCUGCUGGAGUGCUUAUUUCACGGGGAUCCAUCAAGAAGCCGAAGUGGCAUUUCUAUAGAUUGGUUCUUCACCUCUGAACUGAGCACAAAGCCAGUGCCAGUCUUUCUUUAUUAUGGCAAUAAAAGCUUUCCCGUCAACAACAGGACAAGAUGGGUAGGGGAUAUCAAUCAAAACAACGGUUCCAUUACCCUUCUAGACUUACAACCCAGUGACAGUGGAAAUUACACCUGUGUGGUCCAACUAAAUGCUCAGAUCAAUAACGGUCAGACUGGUAUGAAAGUUAUACCUCAUGCAAAAGUAGAUCCUGGUGUAUGGACAAUAAUGGCUAUUGAAGUGGAAACAGAAACGUCAACAACAUCAGGUGCAACUCCAAGUAUCGGUGGAAAUCAUUGGGACUGGAAGUAUAUUGUACUGAUGCUUGGUGCGGCCCUCAUUGGUUCAGUAAUUGGUUCUGUGGUUGUCUGUUUAAGGAUGGGACGACAUAGUGAAAAGGAUAACGAUGCUCUUACAAGAUGUGGAAAAGAUGUGGAAAAGGAGCUGUCAGGCAUUUCUCGAUCAUCCCAGGAAAAUGUCUACACUGCAAUACAUCCUGACAAGAGGAAAAAUUCUAAUGUGGAAGAAGAUGAGAUGAAAAAGCAACAACAGGAAAAUGUUUACAUGAACCAGGAUGACAGCUCCACUCCAUGCAGAAACAACAAAGAUCUCAUCUUGGAAAAACAGAUGAUGAUAAAAGAAGGCAUAAAACAGCAGGAGGAUACAUACAUAACAAUGGAUAACACCUCCACUAUUUGUAGAGACAAGAAACAGCCCCCUGUAGAAGCACAGAUGAUGAAGACAAAGAAGAACAAAGACAGAAACCAGCAUGAUGAUGCUUAUAUAACAAUGCAUCCUGUUCGAGAACCUACAUCUAAAAAACCUGCCAUGAUGGACAUGCAUCUGUAUGAAAAACUGGAUGAAUACCAGGUCAGUCAAACUGGAAGAAAGAAGAACAGUGAAUUAGAAUCAAUGCUUUCAAACGGAUUAUUGCAGGAAAACCAGUAACAAGACUGGCAUUGUGAGUCUUGGCAUAUAAAACUGAGAUUAUAAUCAAGAUCUGUAUUAAGCCCUGUCAUGGAGGGCAACAGUAACGCUUUGUAUUCUGCUGGUGAUUGCAGUGAAGAGGAAAUGGAGCACAUUGUGAACGCAACUUAGUGCUGUGUGGGCAGCAUUUCUAAACUUCUUCAUGUCCUGUGUAUUUUUGUUUAAGUUAUGUCACAACAAAUAUUCAUAUUCACUCCUUCUGACAAUAGGAUGCCUCUUUUAUACAGUUAAGUUACUGAAAUCAUCUGCAGAUAUGUGGAAAGUAGCAUAAAAGGGGCUUGCAAGAGUCUUCCUAGUGAUUCUGAAGUUGAAAUGAAACUGUUAAAAACAAAGAUGGCUCACCAGAGAAAGAGAGAGAGAAGAAACCAGGCCACCCAUUCAACUAAAAUAUUCCACAGGUUUGUUCUGCAAUGCCCAAUCCAUGUUAAAAGUCUGCUCCAGAGAAUAAUCUGUUUUGGUUCCAUUUGUAAUGAUUACUUUUCACUUGCCAUACAAAGAUCUUUAAUAUUUUUUCUUUUUCUGUCAAUACUUGUCUCCUAUUGGGAUUAGCAGUACAUCACUAGAUGGCAAAGCCAUAUGUAACCACAUAUUGCCAUAGCUGUGGGCCUUUGCUGAACGCAUUGACAUCACAGAAAUUCCAGAUUAGCCUGUCCUCUUCUUACUCUGACACUGACCUUUUCCACUCAACAGAGGACACUGCAUCUAAAAAAAUAAAAAAAAAAAAUAAGAAUUUAGGUUCUGACACUAAAGACAGUUUAUUCUUGAUGCAAAUAUUAAGUCAUGCCUUUUGGCCUUUUUGAAUGUAAUGUUUUUAAUUGCAGAAAAACAACACAUAGCUCAUAACUGUCCAGAACUUUACACAAUGUCCAGAUUUUUGUUUCAUAUCUUUGGUCUAUCCCUCACAAAAAAUUGUGGUUUUCUGGCAAAUCAACUGUAGUCACUAAAUAAUGACAAACAUUUGAGUUUCAGACUUUAUAUCCUUCAGAACUUUCUUACGUUUAUAAGACAUUUUCUUUAAAUCUGUCCCUCUUUUGAGGGCUUUGUCUCCCCCGCCCCAUUAUGGUUGGCUUUGGCCCUGAUUCUUGGGCUUAGAGGUUAAGAUGUAUGCCUUAUCUGCCAGCUAUUAACACAUUUCAGUGAUAUUUAUCAGAGACUUUACUUGGUGUAUGUGUGUGUGUGUGUGUGUGUGUGUGUGUGUGUGUGUGUGUGUGUGUGUGUGUGUGUGUGUGUGUGUGUUUUCUCUCUCUCUAUACAAUCAGUUGAUCUCUAAUGAACUGCAGUAUCAACUAGUAUGACUGAGCUGUAUGUUUAUGAUCAGAUUGAGGUGUUCAUCCAAGCUAUAUCAUACUAAUGUAGGUAAUUCAAUGCAAUUUGACAAUUUAUAUAAUCAUAAUGAGAGAAACUCCACUUUUAUUGCUUCUUGCAUAUCAGGAACUGUGAACUGUUCCAGUGAGUCCUGUUGUCUAUAUUAUGUAUAUUUCAUCUGUCUUGCCACUGAAGAAAAUAAGGUAACAGUCUUUUCUUUCUGGUAUCCUGGAGCAAUAUGCCAUCAUUUUUACCUAAUGAAAAUUUCUGUCUUGUAACUUUAUAUUGUUUUGUAAAUCUGGUGUGUAUUAUUUCAUUUUACUAACUGUAUAAUACCUGAAUGCAUGUAAUGGCUAAGGAAAGCAUACCUUAGAGGGAACACCAGGUUUCCUGUGCACAAGUAAUUUCAGAGUCUGUACCUAUACCUGGAGUAUGUUUAGCUUAUAUUGAUUCUGUGACAGACAUAGGUGACAUCUAGGUGUGUGUAGCUUUGGUCCACUAUACGUCGAUGCACCCCAAGCUACAUGGAUGGUUUAAGAUGGUAUUUCCUCCAUCUUGGUACAAAUGCCACUAAAAGUCCCCUUGCCUUACAUUUUUAGGUGAUCUUUACCACCUGAUUUUUUAAAUGUUUUAUUGAAAUAAUGUAUAUAAUUGUUUUUAAUAUAGUUUACUUACAGUGAUAUUUUUGGUUUAUAAUUUUCAUAGGUUGCAGCUGUAAAUUAGAUUUGUGAAAUAUGAUCAUUUCAAAAAGUAAACAAAUUUAUCUUUCGUUGAGACAGAUGUUUUGCAAGAAAAAAGUGUUAUUAUCAAAAAUAAAUAUUAUGCAAAAAAAAACUAUCAUACAAUAAGCAACUAAUUGUUGGAUUUUGUAUAUUGCUAAAUAGGGCUGUAUACUUACAAAGACAUCUGAUGUCAUACAAAGCAUUUAUAAUGCUCAAAACUACCACACAAAGAUACUCUGUAAGAUCACUUCUAUCAUUUAGAAGUAGGCUGGCACAAAACAGUGCUUCUGCAUGAGAUGUCUGCUUUUAGCUCUGAAAUAAAAAAAAAAAUGAUUUAAAAGUCUGGUUUCCUGAUGGACAGGGCAAAUUUCAGAACUUUCUGGUGCAGCACAGUAUAAGGAGAUGUUCCUCUGCCAUCUGUGGACUGUGAUGUGUGAUCUCUGAUUCUGGAAAAUGUAGAGGACGUUGUAUCAGACUUAGAAAGGGAGCACAACUUUGAUUUUUUUCCCAAAUUCUUGGUAUCAAAGUCUUUUAGCCAAUGCUGCCAAUUAGCUAGUAAAACAUAUGACCUCCGGUACUAUGUCCCAAUCCCCCUACCUUUUUUCAGCCCAUCUAGAGAACACAUUAGUUAAUAUAUAUUCCUUGGUGCCUACUUAGUUUAGAAGCUUGACUGUCAGAAAUAUGUCGUCAUGCACAUAUGCCACCUUAUACCUGGUGCACGCUGCACUGUGAAAUUAUGCAUCCUGUUUUCUGCUUAGUUAUUAAGAAAACAUCAGAACAUUUUGUUACUU